GUUUGCAUUUUCUUCCUCAGGUGAUCACUGAUCGGACUUGGGAAGGUGAGGACUGGUCUGAGUUCUUCUCAAAGAGAGAAUCAAAUCAAUGGAGCACUAAUUUUUUCAUUGAUUAUUAACAAAGUAAACGAUGCCACUCCGAAUGCCACCGCUCCCAAGGCUCCUCCUCAACAAUGUCUCCUGCAUGCGAAACGCCCAAAUGGUCCUCAAACACAUCAAUGUCUCUGUCCACGAUGGCACAGCCUUGGUCCUAACGGGCGCAAAUGGCGCUGGCAAAUCCACAUUCCUUCGCAUGCUUGCGGGCUUUUCAAAACCUUCAGCAGGGGAGAUCCUCUGGAACGGCCAUGACAUCACCAACUCAGGUGUGUUCCAACAGUACAAGCUCCAGCUCAACUGGCUUUCCCUCAAGGAUGCUGUGAAAGAAAAGCUCACUGUCCUCGAAAAUGUCCAGUGGUUUGAAGUCCUCGAAGGCAAGUCUGGCAAGGCCUUGCCUUCUCUUGAGCUCAUGGGUCUCGGCAGGCUUGCCAACGAGAAGUCAAGGAUGCUUUCGAUGGGGCAGCGUAAGCGGCUUCAGCUCGCGAGGUUGCUUGCAAUCGAUCGACCCAUUUGGCUGCUGGAUGAGCCUUCGGUGGCUUUGGAUACUGAAGGGGUGAAGCUGCUUGAGUACAUCAUCGCUGAGCAUCGAAAGAAGGGAGGUAUUGUGUUUGUGGCGACUCAUUUGCCUAUUGAGAUUGAAGAUCCGAUGGUUUUGAGGUUGCCGCAGAGAUUCCCGCGACGGAAAACCAUGAUUGAUCUGCUCGAUUGAGGAGAGAUCUGUUCGACACUUCGACAUUAAAGCUA